UCUGAUCUGCCGUUGCUGCCCGUAAUUGAUUUUUUUCUGUAUCUUCCGCUUGCUGUCGUUAAGUCUGCGCAUGAGCUAACUUUAUUCCACCCCGAAAAUGAUCCCAACGCGGUCAGGAAGCCCGAAAACUAAUAUGAAUUCGCUGAACCCGGCAACAAUGAACAGCCAGCACCACCUUCUACUUACGGAGCAGGACCAGCAAGGUGUUGUUGACGAUGCAAAUCUGCACAACAACAUGCAGCAGCAAAUCCCGCACCAGCUCCUCGCCCAAAACCAAAAUCGGGACCACGGCGCCAGCGCGAGUCGACCUCCGGGCCCGCGGUCGGAGGUAACUUUUUCAUCCGUGUCCUCAGACGAUAGCUUACCGCUCGGGUGCGAGCACAACGAGUACUUCUGGAUCAAGAGGUACCGAGCCUUGAAGCGACGCGUCUCCGCCAACAAAGUGCGGCAGACCGGAGAAAAUCUGCAGGAAGCCCCCAUUUUGGAGGAAGAGGAGGAAGGAGUACUUGCACUAGUUUUCUAACUUUGUUCUAUGAAGAUUAGUCGUAGUUCUUUUGCGCUGCUAGUGCUACAGAACAAUAGUUUGAUUUUGUCGAGCUCGCUGCCAAGGCUUACCUGCGCGUCUUGUUCCUCUUCGACGGACCGUAAAUCAAAAUGAUUCGCAGCAGGAAUCGUACACGUAUCGUGAAUUGUGAAUACCAAUAUACCCGUACUACCAUACUAGGCCGGCAGCCCGCUAGGCGGCGGCGUCGCAGCGGCACCGGACCAACUGACAAACAAUUUGCUCCCGAACCGCUUGAAGCGACUGCCUUGUACCCGCUUCUACAUGGAGGAAUCGAGGCAGGAUCCCUUUACCGACUUCGUGCACUCGGAAUUCCUCGCAGCAGUUGUCUCGUCGGCGGCAGAUCUUCAUCAGAGUGCAGCGCAGCAGACAAGUCCACCGAGCAUGAAUCUCCUGGGGUGUGGGAUGGCCAACAAAAGCCGCAUGGCGCUGCUGCGCACCCAGGACUCGUUGCUCAUUUCCGCGGUAAGUUCCCGCUGGUUCGUCGUGGACGUGUUUAGUGGAAUCGUGCCCACCGGCGCCGCUGUAACCCUGCAGCAACAGCUAUGACAGUGCACAACUGCAGCUCCACAUCCCCCUCUCAUUCAAAACACACACGAACUUGCCGCUUGCUGUUUGGCAGUGUAGCCACUGCCGCAGGGUUUGCAAGGCAAGUCCCUGGAUCUACUUGCCAAACCGCGCUACCGUUCAUCGUUCACGGAGUUGUAUUCUUACGGAAAGCUCAGUCAGAUGUCUUCCGUUGCAGUUGAUUGUGUCGCUGUUAAUCAUGCGCGUCGAAUGAGAGGGAUGGGCGAAGAAAUAUUUGUGCACUCGGCCCAUAACACCAGAGCGGCGGCGCGGGCAAAAAGAAGCUGCUCGUCGGCGUUACCCGGUCCCCGCAGCAGCAGCCCUGCGACCUGUUGGACACAAAGCUGGUCACGCUCGGUGAGGAGCUGUUCACAUCACACUCCGCGGGCGUUGGGAGCAGCUCCAGCUCGACCUCGCGGGUCAAAUUGCUCGUCACGCCCGCGCUCGAAUCGCCACAGACCAGCAAGUACGUGCCGGGGGACAUCACUGUCUUCGUGAACGACCAAAAAGUGGCGGAGAAAAUUGAACACGUAUCAACUGUAAAAAUGUCUGGGUCUGGAAGAGUUCAUGUUUGUCAUGCUUGUCUGGCAUGACUCUUAAAUCUGUCAUGCACGUUACCCAAGAUCUGCGCUUUUCUGUGAUGCAGAAGCGCAGUCUGUCAUGCAGAAUAGGCAACACCUAGGAGCUCAGAAACUUGUCAUGCUGAGCCAGCAUUUGUAGCCUCAUCAUGAGGAUGAGAGGCUACCCAGCAUCACAAGUUCCCAGACCCAGACAUUUUUACACUUGAUAACACGGAUUCAGUUGCGAUCAGGAGCUUUUCGGGCUGGCGGUGGUAUCCAGGUCGAACAGUAUGUGUCCUGAUAUGAUACUGUUGUGUAAUAAAAAAGAGCUACAGUUUCAGUUUGAGUCGAGCUCUUGUGCUCGUUCCAUGAAGAUGCAUUUGCAAGAUGUCGCCACUACGUACUGGAGUGACCAUAGAGAAGUACAGAGGGAACGGGAAGCUUUGAGAUGCUGUUGCUCCUCCCGAACUUCCCAGUUAGAAAUCUGCAGUAGCUGCUGCAUAAAGUUAAAGAUGUGCAUCCAAGAUGAAGGAACAGGAAGAGAGUUUCAGAACAGUGCAUCUUCAGGACAGAAGUUCUGACUGCGAUACUUCUGGCAGGGGACCCUAUCAGACGUUAAGCUCGUGGAGUACUGAAACCUUGGACCACCGACGGAGAUCUUCACAAACCCUUCUGCCCGACGAGAGCGACUACCUGCUGCGCUUUUUUCUUUUGGUGUUUCCACCCCUGAAGUGGUUUCAAAGUACCGACCAGGUCGGUCCUGGACAAGAAGAUACUUACUUAAUUUACUUUUAAUUAUAAUUAUCGAGCGAGAAUAAAGCCUUUCACGGACGACCAUCAACAUUACUGGCAAUCAAGACAAAUAAACUAGAACUGUACGUGCUAAUCGUAAAGCGGGGAGGGAAACAGGCCUCGUCCGUUCCUAUUGUCUUUGCAAAAUCGCGGUUGCACAAACAAGUAAAAGUAGAAAAACACUUUGCUAUAUUUUGACGAAUGUACAAUUUAUGGUACGCACACGCACUACUUUCUCGUUGACGUCUUUUGUGUUUCCCUUUGCAGAUGAAAUGAGUUUUUGAACAUGUAGUUGGACUUCAUCAAUUUCAAUGUCAAGACUUUAUGAAGAAUUCUCCGUGUUUGAUUCCAUAUUUGUUGCUUCUGUCGACCGGUCCAAGCAGGACUGACAAGAGAGCAGCGUUUGUAUUUGGACAUUCAUUCCUGUACAAAAAAUGCAGAAAAGCGUUAAGAUGAAAUAUAAUAUUCAAGAACUGGAUGAUGAUCGCCAAACCCAAAGCUAAUUGCGAUGGAACGAGGACAGUGAGUGUGCCCCGAAGCGGGUACAGUCGUACACUGUUAUUUGUGUUUGCGUGUUUCCUCUCUUUGGUUUGUUUCUCUCCGUGCUGAAACAACUUUUCCCUGACUCGUCGUAGAAGUCGAUCGUAUCUUCCAGCAUCGUCGUUAAAAACUCGUGCUCUUCGAAAUUUUGCAUGGGUGUUAGAGCAACCACAAGACAGCUCGAAGAUGAAAAGCUUGC